AUGUGUAAUUCCGUCGCCGUAAUUCCUUCCUCCGACCAAAAACAUCCUCCGCCGUCACAAAUCCACCACCAAAAACCCGAUCUCGAAAAACAUUCCGGCGAAGAAACCGUCACCUCCGUUGCCGAAAUAACCUGCGAAGCCACCCAUCUCUUCAACCUUGCUUUCCCAAUAGCUCUUACAGCUCUAAUUGUCUACUUUCGUUCUAUAAUCUCAAUGAUUUUCCUCGGCCAGCUCGGAAAUUCCGAGUUGGCCGCGGGUUCAUUGGCGAUCGCUUUUGCCAAUAUAACCGGUUACUCUGUUCUCUCCGGCUUAGCUUUAGGUAUGGAACCACUUUGUUCACAAGCAUUCGGUGCUCGCCGACCAAAACUUUUAUCUUUAACCCUUCAUCGGUCUAUCAUCUUUUUACUUAUCUCCGGCGUACCUAUUUCCUUUCUAUGGCUUAACCUAUCUCAAAUUUUAACUUACCUUCGUCAAGACAUGACCAUAAUCAGUUUAUCACAAACCUAUCUUGUUUUUACCUUACCAGAUUUAUUCACAAAUUCACUAAUCCAUCCAAUCCGAAUUUACCUUCGUGCACAAGGAAUAACCCAUCCAUUAACUCUAGCAUCAGUCGCCGGAGCAAUAAUCCAUUACCCAUUAAACUACGUUUUCGUCACCCGUUUCCGGUGGGGGGUCGCCGGAGUAGCUGUCGCUUCAUCAACAUCAAACGUAACCAUGUUGAUUGUUCUAAUUUCAUACAUUUGGAUAUCGGGUAUACAUCUCCCAACAUGGAGUCCCCCGACCCGUGAAUGUUUAACCGGGUGGAAACCCUUGAUUCGUUUAGCCGCUCCGAGUUGUAUUUCGGUUUGUCUCGAGUGGUGGUGGUACGAGAUCAUGAUCAUUCUCUGCGGUAUUUUUGUCGACCCGAAAGCCAGCGUGGCAUCUAUGGGGAUUUUGAUACAAACGACGUCGUUUCUUUACAUAUUCCCAUCUUCACUCGGGUUCGCGGUAUCGACACGGGUCGGGAAUGAACUUGGUGCGAACCGGCCGGGGAAAGCUAGGGGGUCGGCUAGGAUUUCAAUAUGUUUGGCUUUGGCGAUGGGUGCGUUUGCGAUGGCGUUUGCGGUUGGGAUGAGGAAUAUAUGGGCUAAGAUGUUUACUAAUGAUUUGGAGAUUUUGCGUUUGACGUCGGCUGCGUUACCGAUUAUUGGGGUUUGUGAGUUGGGUAAUUGUCCACAGACGGUUGGGUGCGGUGUGGUUCGAGGGAUGGCUCGACCGACGACCGCGGCUAGAGUGAAUUUGGGUGCGUUUUAUUUGGUGGGUAUGCCGGUUGCGAUUUGGAUUGGGUUUGGGCUUAAAGUAGGGUUUUGUGGGCUAUGGAUUGGGCUUUUAGCAGCCCAGAUUUGUUGUGCUGUUUUGAUGUUGUGUGUGGUUGGGUAUACUGAUUGGGAUGUUGAAGCUGAGAGAGCACAGAAAUUGACGUUUAUGAUUGGUCCACAUGAUCUCAUCAAUCAAAAGGAACCGUUGAUUGAUUCGGUUUCAUCAUGAUUCAUGAUCAU